AUGGGAAGUUGUUGUGCUCGAGAGAACUGGCACUCCCUCCAACCGGCAGCCCAACCGAUGCCGGACUGGGGCUGGACCCUUUGUCUCAAACACUCAUUACCAGGGUUUAAAAAAACGGUCUGCGACCGCGAUUUCAGCCGCGAUAUACUCCUCCACCAGGCCACCUUGCUCCUCACUAUCGAUCAGAACCAAGCAACAGAUGAUGCUACAAAGGAGAGCUGGACGCUGACAAGAGGUGAGGAAUUCAAUUUUAGAGCAGCGCAUUGGGCUGAUCUCCAUGGCCUUUUAUACAAUGCAUUGUCACCUGAUGUGUUCUUCUGGGGUCAUCAAUUUAUCUCUUUCACCGUCUCUGAGGCCAAAUCCCAUGUCAAAGUUAAGGUUAAGCUUCUUCGAAACAAUAACAUCGUUGAGAUAGAUGGUUAUAUACUCAUUGCAGCAGAUGGGUGCCUCUCUUUAAUCCGCCAGCAUUUUCUCCCUGACCUUAAAUUGAGGUAUUCAGGUUACUGUGCAUGUAGAGGUGUUCUUGAUUUCUCAGGAAAGGAGGAUUCAGAAACCAUUAAAGGCAUCCGAAAAGCAGAAGCAGUUUUUGGCAAAUGCCUUGAGAAUUGGGGAGUGGAAAAUUUACACUCGGCGCUGGAAGAAUAUAGUCCACUAGGUUACCUGUUACCUCUAAACAAGUGCUGCACUCACGGUGGCUGGGUCAGAAUAAGCAAGGCUUGCAUCUCUCUGACCAAGAGCCGUUUUGAUCCAAAGAAAGCAAGUCCGAAUAGUUAUAAGAUCAUGAAAUGUGGAGCUCAUUUCGGAUAACUGACGCAUGAAACAGGUUGCAUUCUCACAUAAUCAAAUUGCUAUUUUCUUCUAAGAUCAUGAAAU